AUGAGCACAUUGAAGUCGUACCUUGGAAUGCUGUAUGGUAAUAAUGGAACGCUCCCCCCUUUUAUUCACCUCCAAUCUCGGCCGUCUCUCUGGGAAACGAACUUGCAGUCUGUCAAUGAUCAUGAAGUAGCGCUACCUGAGCCGCUUGCGAUUUGCAGCAGUAUUUUGCAGAUGUAUAAGGCAAGAACUCCUGGAAAGAUAGCUUUCAUUUGGAGGACUAUUCAAGCGGAGUCACAGCACUCGAAGAUGAGGUUAUAUCGGGAUUAUGAUGCCUGGACUACGCUUCACCCCAUUCAAGCUAUGGCCAUGUAUAUUAUUCUGGGUCUACUAGGCGAUAACAGCGAAUAUGUUGUAGAGGGGCACAUACUUGUACCUAUACUUAGUACAACGAAAGUCAGUACUAAAAGCUUUGGAAUAAUCAAGAAUAAUAAAACACUAAUGCAUCCCUUCUAG